AUCCCAGCGUGUUCCCGCUGGCGGGCGGGCGGGCAGGCGGCAUUAGCCCCGGCGCCUCCUCUGCGGCAGCCUCGCCUCGCCUCGCCUCGCCAUCCGGUGCAGUGCCGCAUCAGACGCCUCAGUAGCUGCUCGCUGCCGCUGCCGCGGCCGCGGCCGUGCUGUGUGGACCUGCACGCUGUGCCCCAGCCGCCACCGAGCCUGCACUGCUGCUGGUGCCGCGGCACCGAGCUCCGCAACCCUGCGGCGGGCAGCAUGGGAUAAUGCGGCCAUGGUGCGCCGAGAUCGCCUCCGCAGGAUGAGGGAGUGGUGGGUCCAGGUGGGGCUCCUGGCUAUGCCCCUGCUUGCUGCCUACUUGCACAUCCCACCCCCUCAACUCUCCCCUGCUCUGCAUUCAUGGAAGACUUCUGGCAAGUUCUUCACCUACAAGGGACUGCGCAUCUUCUACCAAGAUUCUGUGGGUGUGGUUGGAAGCCCCGAGAUAGUUGUGCUUUUACAUGGCUUUCCAACUUCCAGCUAUGAUUGGUACAAGAUUUGGGAAGGUCUGACUCUGAGGUUUCAUCGAGUGAUUGCCCUUGAUUUCUUGGGCUUUGGCUUCAGUGACAAACCAAGACCACAUCACUAUUCCAUAUUUGAGCAAGCCAGCAUUGUGGAGGCACUUUUGCGGCAUCUGGGGCUCCAGAACCGUAGAAUCAACCUAUUGUCUCACGAUUAUGGAGAUAUUGUUGCUCAGGAGCUGCUGUAUAGGUACAAGCAGAAUCGGUCUGGUCGGCUUACCAUAAAGAGUCUCUGUCUGUCAAAUGGAGGUAUCUUUCCUGAGACUCACCGUCCUCUUCUUCUCCAAAAGUUACUCAAAGAUGGAGGCGUGCUCUCACCCAUUCUCACGAGGUUGAUGAACUUCUUUGUAUUCUCUCGAGGGCUCACCCCAGUCUUUGGACCGUAUACUCGACCUUCUGAGAGUGAGCUGUGGGACAUGUGGGCAGGGAUCCGCAACAAUGAUGGGAACCUGGUCAUAGACAGCCUUUUGCAGUAUAUCAAUCAGAGGAAGAAGUUUAGAAGACGCUGGGUGGGAGCGCUUGCCUCUGUAACUAUUCCCAUUCAUUUUAUCUAUGGGCCAAUGGAUCCCGUAAAUCCCUAUCCAGAGUUUUUGGAGCUGUACAGGAAAACGCUGCCACGGUCCACAGUGUCGAUUCUGGAUGACCACAUUAGCCACUACCCACAGCUAGAGGAUCCCAUGGGCUUCUUGAAUGCAUAUAUGGGCUUCAUCAACUCCUUCUGAGCUGGAAAGAGUAGCUUCCCUGUGUUACCUCCCCACUUCCGUAUCUGUUGUGUAUUCCACUUAGGAAGAAAUGCCCAAAAGAGGUCCUGGCAAUCAAAUACUGUUCUCACAAAAAUCCACUGUACUAACAUUGGUGAACAGAAUCCAGAGACAAGUUGGCAAAAGUUUUAAGGGUGACAUAAUAGUCCACCUCCUAUUCCUUUGACAUCUGAUCGAGUGUAAGGACUUACCUUUGUCUUUGUAUUACUAGGAAAUUAUGGUGAGCACUGCUUCUCACUGAUUUAGAAAGGCAGGCAUUAGACAUUCUUUUGCAUAGAAGGUUUUUAUACACGUCUGUAAACUUUUCUGAAAUAUUAGAAAUGAUAGUAUCUGGCCCAACCCCAAUUGGAAUCCUGCAAUAAAAUAAUGAGCAGAAGGGGCCUGCUUAACCUUUCCUUGGGUGGCUUUACAGGCACAUGAUUUUUAAAAGUUCUCUAACAUAGUUUAAGUGAGAGUGAGAAUGAAUCUCCCUUCUCAUAACUUUGGACUUAGUUUUAUCAACUGCUUUUCAAAUUUUAGACAUUUUGUUAAAAUAGAUAUUGGUUUAAUAAUACAGUAUCCUCAGUAUGCUUUUAGACUGUGAUUUGCCUAUGCAUGUUUUAUAUAUAUAUAUAAGGAUACUUAACCAGGAGAUCCUUACUAUGCCAGAGUAGUGAACCUUAUUAAGCUAGUAUUAUUUCUUAAUAAACUGAACUAAGUCCAAACUGUUUAUAGAAUUUCCUAAAAUCACAGGACAUGAAGGACCAACUGUAUUCUAUGCCAGAGAUUCACUGUUAUUAGCUGGAAAUACAAUUCUAACAGCAAAUAACAAUCUGGCUCCUCAUACCUCAGUGCUUUGGAAGCAUGUCCCUUCUGAGCUUAAGUGAAGGGGAGGGGGACUGUUGUGCAGUCCAAGUUCCCAUGCUGAAUAUACACUAACUCCUCUUGGGAUGAUUGCUUAGCUUCUAUUGGCUGUCCCAGAGAGGCCUUCUCAUCCUUCAUAGACAGGGAAGUUCCCAAACAAUUAUAAGAACAAAUUGUGAAAGAUCUAUAAGCAAAUGGUGCUGAAUACUUUUUUAAAGCCACAGUUUCACUGUGUUAGUCAAAGCAGGAUUAUUAAGUGGUUAAUUUUUUUAAAAAUUAGUAACUUCAAGUAUAACAACUUUUAAACUGGAAUAAGCGUUUAUUUUCUAUUAAUAAAAAUGAAUUGUGACAAAAGUGGAUUCUGGCUCCCCCCACUACCCACCCUCUGAGAUAAAAUUUUCUAGCACUGUCAGGAGCUUUCACACAUUAUGUGAAAGAAUGAUGAAAUAAAGCAGCUGUAGUAUACGA